AUGGGUCGAGUUUAUGGUCGUGGCAAGGGUAUCUCAUCUUCAGCAAGGCCAUAUAGGCGUCGUUCACCUACAUGGAUGAAGCUAAAGGCAAUAGAGGUUGAAGAUUUAAUUUCGAAACUAGCACGUAAAGGUUUAACACCAUCCCAAAUUGGUGUUACAUUACGUGAUUCUCAUGGUGUACCAAUGGUUCAGUCUGUAACUGGUAGUAAAAUUUUGAGGAUAUUGAAGAAAAAUGGAUUAGCUCCAGAAAUCCCAGAAGAUUUGUAUUUCUUGAUCAAACGUGCUGUUUCUAUUCGCAAACAUCUUGAGAAAUUCAGAAAGGAUACAGCUGCUAAAUACAGACUUAUUCUUGUUGAGUCUCGUAUUCAUCGCCUUGCUAGGUAUUUUAAACGUUCAAAGCAACUUCCAGCAAACUGGAAAUAUCAAGCAGCUACUGCUUCUACACUAGUAGCCUAA